AUGAAAGUAUCGCCUCAGGAGACUAAAAAGAAGCUUGAUAAACAUUAUGGUGAAUCUGCACCUUCGAUUAGAACAGUUUAUAAAUGGUUUCAAAAUUUUCGGAGUGGCCAUAUGAGCACAAGUGACGUAGAAUGUUCUGGACGCCCUGUUGAGGCCACUACUCCAGAGAUCAUUGAUAAAAUCCAUGAUAUGGUGAUGGGUGAUAGAAGAGUGAAGAUACGUGAGAUUGCUAGUGCUAUGGGCAUCUCUAGUGAACGGGUACAUAAUAUUUUGCAUCAACAUUUGGGCAUGAAAAAGUUAUUUGCAAGAUGGGUGCCACGAUUGCUCACAGUUGACCAAAAACGAAAUUGUCUGUUUCAGCGGAAUCCACGGGACUUUAGGCGUCGUUUCGUCAUUGUGGACGAAACAUGGAUACACCACUACACGCCUGAGACCAAGGAACAGUCCAAACAAUGGGUUGCCAGCGGGGAGUCUGCACCAAAAAAGGCGAAAAUAGUUCCUUCGGCCGGGAAGGUUAUGGCGACUGUCUUUUGGGAUUCACAAGGAAUAAUCCUCAUCGACUAUAUGGAAAAGGGUAAAACUAUUACAGGUGCAUAUUAUUCAUCGUUAUUGGACCAUUUGAAAACCGAGCUGCAAGAGAAACGUCCACGAUUGGCACACAAAAAGUCCUUUUUCAUCACGACAACGCACCAGCUUACUCCUCUGGAGUUGUGGCUGCAAAAUUGA